CUCCUUUGCUCAAGUAUCAACAGGCAAACCGACCGGUCCACACCUCUGCACAGCUCAGCUCAUCUACUCUUAUAGGACUCAUUUAUCUUCGUAGCUGCUCCAGUGAAGGAUUUCAGGAGCUACUAUGGGAAGGAGGCCAAGGGACUUGAGCAACCGCCAUCAAAGGAAAGAAGUGUGGGAUGACCGCGGCUGCAAGUUGCACUACUUGCUGUGAGAUUAGUAAGGAGUGGCUGCUGUGUUUGUUUCUCAGCAUUCAGCACGUCAAACAAAGGAGCUACCUGCUGCACAACUGCUGUCACCACCAGCAACGAUGGACCUGACUUUGUGGCAGUACCAGUUCAGGAUCAUCAUGCUGGGGGACUCCACGGUAGGCAAAUCCUCGCUGCUCAAGCGCUACACCGAGGACUUGUUCCUGGAGUCCCUGAACCAGACGGUGGGUGUGGACUUCUACGUUCACUUUGUGGAGGUGGAGCCAGAGGUCCGUGUCAAACUCCAGUUCUGGGACACAGCUGGACAGGAGAGGUUCAGAUCAGUGACUCGCUCGUACUAUCGCAAUUCAGUGGGCGGCCUCCUGGUGUUCGACAUAACCAACCUGGCCUCCUUCAACCACAUCAAGGAGUGGCACGCUGAGGUGUGUGAACGGGUUCGACCGCAUAGGGUUCUGUUUGUCCUGGUGGGCCACAAGAGUGACCAGGAGGCUCAGGGGGAAAGGGUGGUGAGUCGGGAGGAGGCCCAGAGACUGGCCGCUCAGUUGGGGGUGUCCUACGUGGAGGCGUCCGCCAAGACGGGCCACGGGGUGACGCAGGCCUUCGAGCUGCUCGCGCAGCAGAUCUACCAGGGUCUCCUGAGCGGGGAGAUCCAGCUGCAGGAGGGCUGGGAUGGAGUCAAGUGCACCUCCCCACAGGCGCUGCAGUUACACAGGGACAGUGUGGCUCAGCCCAGCCCGGCCCCCCUGAAAAAGAAGUGCUGUGGUUAAACUGUGGACUGGGCCCCACGGAAUCCGAUUUACUGUAACACGCGAUUUUCAGCAAAAAUACAGUUUUUGCAUGCUUGAUGUGAAGAUAUAUUUGUACCUGUUUAGCAUUGUAUACAACUGAUUCAUUAAAGUUCCUAUGAGGGACUGUAAUGACUAACAGGUCUGUAAGAUGAGACUUUGUCAGCUGAAUCCUAGCUUCCACCUACUGAUUGUGAAACCUAUUCUGGAAAUCUAACUCACGACCUUUGCACGUCUGCACUGUGUACAUCAUUAGUUUCUUUUCUUUAACAUUUUAAUGUGUCCACACUAACGUACUGUAUAACUUAUGCCUUGUAGGAAAAAAAAGCUGUAGAAUACUUUGGAAAGUGGAGGUGGAAAAGCUUUUGCCACUGCAGGAAUGCUGAUUUUUUUGUCUGUGUUGCUGCAUGCGUCUUUAAUUGGCGGCAGUGAAGGUGCAGAGUUCUGUGUUUGAGAUUCAGUGCAUGACUUCCAGCGUUUGUGAAUUAAUCUUUAGGGUCUGAGUAGUUGUCUAGAAAAGGCUUCACCAAUAAUUACAAAGCAUCCUGUGAGUGAUUGUUUUCAGGUGCUGUUGCUGUUAUUAAUUAAAUGAACACUCAAGGGCGCUUUUGGAUUUUACUUGUUUGAGAUGUUAGGAGUUUUCUAUGCCCAUGAUGAAUUCUCCUAUCUCCUGUUUUUCUACACCGAUGCAGACAUUUUACUAAAACAUUGUUUAAACAUUGGCUGACACACUUUUACCAGUCAGCCUGUGUGAUUGAUACAUGUAGAUUUCAAUUGUUUUGCCUCCAUAUGACCUUUCAGAUCUGUGAUUUUAAUGUAGCAUGUACAGUAAUGUGGAAAGGUUAUCUAGCCUCAGCUUAAACAAAUCAUUUUAUAACUUUUAGUGAUCUCUAAACAUCUAAACAUGUAAACACAAAAUGUACAAACUAAAUUCAAAAAAAGCUGUAUUUCUUGCCAACAUUUGUAGUUGGUUCUAUAAAUUAUCUUUGUUUAUAACAAAAGUAUAAAACAGCAACAGUAGCUUCAAUACAUAAACAGUUCUGAUUGUCCAAGGUUUCUAGGUCAGCACAAUACUUGUUAAGAGGCAGAAUAAUGUGCAACAUCACAUCCAAAACUAAAAAAGCAAAAGGCACAAUGGUAAUAAUCUAUAGGAAGCAUUCCAGUAAAUCUUUAUUGGCAAAAUUGCAAUUAGAGUUUUACCAGGGUUAGCUCAGUGGCAACAGAACAGAGUCUGAUACAAUGCACGUUGUUGAUUUACGACUGGUGAAAAACUCAAAUGUAAUGGAGACAUGACAAUAAAAUGCUGUUCAAAUA